AUGGGGCUUCCAUCCACAACGAAUGGCCGUGAUGGCGGCCUCCAGGAAGAUGAAGCCGGAUACGAGCUGCACAACGAUGGCGACGUUACCGGCAUACGACGACCUCUCCCAUCUCCUCCCCCAGCUAGCAUCUUUGCUUUCGUUAGUUUCCCCGAAGAAAUCGACGUUAGUGCUCGUAACCUCCUUUGUACUUAUUUCACCUAUUUGAAGACCAACAUGUACCCAAUCGCCAAGUACUCUGCUUCCGAUCCCACCGACAUUUAUUGGUUCCAUUGGACCCAGCUCGAUCUAGCCUAUCUCCACGCCAUCCUGUACACCACCUCGUUCUUCUUCGAUGAUCUGGCAGGGCGGAAGAGCGAAAGAACAAAAUAUCACUCAUAUCGAACUGUCAGCGAACUCAAUAAACAGCUCAGCGAUCCACAGACUGCCUUGACUGACUCCACAACGACGGUGGUCAUGUUCAUGCUCUUUAUCACGGAGUGCUUUGGAGAUAUGGAGAGCGCCCACAUGCAUAUGAUGGGGCUGAAAAAAAUCAUCGAUCUUCGUGGGGGCCUGAAGUCGUACGAAGGAAAGCCUCUUCUCCAGGAAAAGAUCCGCCGAGCGGAUUUGAUUUACAGCAUGUGUACCGGCUGUAAGCCAGUAUACUGCCAAGGCAUUUCGUCUUCUGCUUGUGAUUUAUCCAGUCAGGUCCGUCAUUUCGAGCACUGGUCAAUCGAUCAGAGUUGCUUUUCCCGCUCGCGCGACCUGAUUUAUGGCCUUGACCGACAGCUAUACAUCUGCGUGAAGAAUGUCCAGAUUCUUACACAGAUGAUCAACACAAGUCACAAGACAGGGGAAAAACUGGCGGACAUGACUUUGGAGAAGUUCUUAACAUCUAUUCAGUCACAUCUUCUCGUCCUUGACUUUUAUGACGAUGCUAGAGAUUCUUUGGUGGAAGUUCUCAGACUUUCACUUCAUGCCUACUUGACUACUGUUUUCUGGAGCUUUCCCGGCCUGAAAACUGAAUAUCCUCUUCUGGCCGUUCAGUUCCAAGAGGCUUGUCUGGCCUUUUCACCCACCACAGCCGAAGAAACCUUCUUGUUCGCCUGGGCCUUGAUGUCUUGGUACCUUGUGGCUUGA